GAUGUUCACGUACACGGUGUCUGUCAGCACUGGCAAACAGGAGUUUGCUGAGACAAUUAAUGACAUAUACCUGACGCUGGUGGGCACGGAGAGAUGCAGUGACCGAACUCUACUGGACAAAUCCAUUGUUGACCAUUUCGCAAGAGGAUCGAUUCAUUUUGCGGUUUCUAAUAGGUGGAAGGAGUGGCGCCCUGGUUUCCCCAUGAGCAUCGAUGCCAAUUCAAGCACUGAACUUCCUUUGGAUAUUCAGUUUGAAGCUGCAAAAUCUGUGGACUUCUCUUUGAAUUACAUUACAGCGAUUAGGAAUCUUGGACUUAAUAAAUUUUUGAAGUUGUCCUCUUGGAAAGAUAUUGCAGAUUUUGAAAAAAUAUUUGUGAAAAUCAAGAACACCGUGUCAGGUUUGAACGUGUCAGAGUAUGUGAUGCAGAACUGGAAUAAGGACUACUUUUUUGGCUAUCAGUUUUUGAAUGGCUGCAAUCCUGUGGUGAUCAAGAAGUGCAUGAAUCUUCCAGACAAGUUUGCAGUCACACAGGAGAUGGUGGAGGGUUCCCUGGAUAGAGGUCUCACACUUCAAGAAGAAUUAAAGGCAGGAAACAUCUACAUAGCAGACUAUGCAAUACUGGAGGGAGUGCAAGCCAAUGCCACAGACCCAGAUACCAAGCAGUAUUUGGCUGCUCCCUUCUGCCUGCUGUACAAGAACAGCCAGAAUGAAAUCCUACCAAUUGCUAUUCAGCUCAGUCGUCAGACCACCGCAGGGGUGGGGAACACAGUCUUUCUCCCAAGUGAUAAUCAGUACGACUGGAUGCUAGCCAAGAUGUGGGUGAAAUCCGCUGACUUCAGUGUACACCAGCUGGUCACACACCUUCUCAGGACACAUCUGAUAUCUGAGGUUUUUGCCAUAGCCAUGUAUAGACAGCUCGCUGCAGUCCAUCCUGUAUUCAAGUUGCUGAUACCUCAUGUCCGUUUCACCAUUGCCAUCAACACUGCAGCUCGUGAAAAACUCAUCUGUAAAUCCGGGCUCUUUGAUAAGGCUAAUGGCACUGGUGGAAUUGGAAUUGUUGAAGUGAUUCAAAAGGCCAUGAAAUCUUUAACCUACAAGUCCCUGUGCUUCCCUGAGGCCAUGAAAGCUCGAGGAGUGUUCAACAAGGAAGAUCUGCCCAACUAUUACUACAGAGAUGAUGGCAUGAUGGUCUGGGAGGCAGUGAAAAGUUUUGUUUCUGAUGUGGUCAGGAUCUACUACGGCAGUGAUGAGACCGUUCAGGAGGACGAGGAGAUCCAGGCAUUUGUUCAAGAUGUUUGUUUCUCUGGUAUGAAGAAUUGUCCCAAGGAUUGUGAGUUUCCAAAUUCCCUGAAAACUCGGGAGCAGUUGGUCGAGUACUUGACUGUUGUGAUUUUCACAGCUUCAGCACAACAUGCUGCUGUCAACUUUGGACAGUUUGACUGGUUUGCCUGGAUCCCCAACAGUCCUUCCACCAUGCGGAAGCCUCCUCCCACACAGAAGGGCCAGGUGGACAUGAAGUAUAUCAUGGACAGUCUGCCAGACCGUGGACGUUCCAGUUGGCAUCUAGGAGCAGUUUGGGCCCUCAGUCAGUACCAGGACGAAGAGGUUUGAUGACUGAUCAUUCAUAACUAGUUUGCAUAUACCGUAUUGGCCCGAAUAUAAGACGACCCUGAUUAUAA